CAUCAGGACCGAGACAAAGAGGAACAAAACGAAGAAGGAUCCCCGCAGUCGUCCCUUGCUGCAUCUAUGCAGGGCUGCGAUGUGUCAUUCGUCUCUAUAAGACGGAGAGUACUUUCCCAAUAA